AUUAAUUUAAAUAAUAUCAAGUAUCAAGAGGGCUCCAGCGCAGUACACGUACGUCAAACAAGUCUUGUUUACUUCUAACUCAGUGGCUACUUGUAGGUCGCGUAUGAAUGAUUUCGUUGCAUAAUUUCUUUAGAAAAAUUAAAUUGUUUAAUUUUUUUGUUAAAGAAGUUUAUACUAUUUUUUUGUUAAAGAAGUUUAUACUGUGUCGGAAAAGUGUGUAGUGCUAUUAAAUUCUAAGAUUGUGUUUUUUUUGUGGCAAAAUGGCGUCAUUGACGAAAACUUUUAUCUCUUUACUAGUUGUGUUUUGUUUAAUAUACGAAUGCACGUGCAUCCACUGCUACUACUGCAACAGCGCGAACAAUUCCGCGUGCCUGGACGUGAACGAAUACGAGGACGAGAUCCGCAGCCGCAUCAUCCCCGUGGUGCACUGCGAGACCGCCAUCCCCAGCAACGUCGCCCUCAACUUCUUCUGCCGGAAGAUCACGCAGACCAUCUUCCACCCCCACAAGGACAGCGAAGUGCGAGUAACGCGUGGGUGCGGCUGGGUGCGACACCACAAGGAGUGCUAUAAGGACGACAAUAGCGACCACCUUGGCACGACCUGCCAGUGCUUCCAGGACCUCUGCAACGGCAGCCACAGGAUUGAUGUUGGACUCUUGUACCUUAUGUUACCAGUUGUUAUGUACUUUUGGUGUUAAGUUUAUGUUAAUGUUGUUAAUGGUCUGUAUUCAUUUUGAUUAGUGAUAAGUGCAGGUGAUUAUUGCAGGUGGUUACUAAUCAGGUGAAAGGUGUGGACAACGACUGAUGCAAGUCCUUUACUUUCUCCUAAACACUAAUCACCUUCACUCGCACUAAUCAAAAUGAAUACAGGCCCUUAUGAACAGUUGAAGAAGUGAUGUAUCUUGCGACAGCAAUGCGACAAGUUAUUGACAGUACAUUUUCGCCUGUUGCAUCGCUGUCGAUGAUACAAAAGCAGUCUGCCUCUUCAGGCUGUAGAGGUAGCGAAUCUAUCUCCAACUGUAUUUACUCUUAAUUAAAAGUUAUUGGAAUAAAUUAGGACUUAAAUUUAAAAA